AUGUUCCCCUUCAUAUCUUGUCUGGCUCCCAUAAUCGUCUUCUUCUUUUCCCUGGCUGUCGUAUCUCUUAGAGAUAAAAGUCUGUUUACGCUAGUCAAGUCAUGGAGCCAACCGAAGAAGACACCUCCGAUCGUGGAUUUGUUGACUCGAUAUGCUCCAGUCCAGGACGCCAGCCUAGAGCAGCUCGACAUUGCCGACAUUAUUUUGCUCAGUAAGACCACAAAGCCUUUCAUGGGCUUCGUCAAGCUUGUGGAGCGCACUCAAUUCAACAUCAACGACCGGUUGAAGCAAUUCGUCACUUCUCCUAUCGAGUUCCGCGCUCUUCAAUUCCGACACAAUAUACUCAUAGGAGGCAAUUUUGCAUACGGGUUCAUAGCGAGGAAGUCGAUCGUAAAGACUGGCGGUAGAUAUGGAUUGUAUAGCCUCCUUGUUCAGAAAGGAUCCAAUGCUGAUGCGUUACGCACCUUCCUUGAGAGAGAUGGAUACAACCGUCUCGAAACUCCCACGCCCAAGGAUAAACAAGUUUCUGUUCGAAUAACAAUGAGUCGAGUCGAUUCCGAUGGAAAGUCCAGCGAAAUCAGUAUCGUGGAAACGCAGAAGACUCCGGUUUUCGGGGCCCUACUGCCUUCAUCAACCUCUCUGAGCAACUUUGUCACCUGGAAUCGCGUCUAUUCUGUCUUUCCACGUGAGACGUUCAUAAAGAAGAGGGCUUAUCUUUUACGACACCCCACGAAAAUGACCUCUUCCGAAUGGGUCGACAUAGAAUCGUUAGGCCUCGACAUGUUCCCUUUGAAACGUCAAGACGCCAUAGAUGACAGAGAAAGGAACACUCUGCUCUCCCAGCGUCGUGUAGGAGAUGCUAGCAGCUGGGUUAUUGCACUCAACACUUCUGAACUCCCUUCCAUACCGUCAUAUCCCGACUACCUGGUCGAGUCUGCUACGUUCAGACUGACCAUGCAGAAUGGCGUGAUGGACAGCGUCCGCCGCGGCUGUUUCAACCACUACGACCUCGAUGUCUCUGUUGUCCGCGACCUCUCACUGAAACAUCAGUAUAUCCUUCCUUAUGGCAUCGCAACUGAACUCAGUCUCUUUUUCAGGAAUCUUACGAUAGUGUCUUUACACCGCCUACCGACAGCUCAACAACCCCAGCGACUGGCCCAGAUAUUCACCGGUCGGCAUCUGACCCUCAUAUCACCAGAUAUGGCGCAGAUUGCAGAAUUUACACCACCUGAAUGGUCGAAUUGGAAGUAUCAUGAUGAUGAGAUGGUGCGGUUUCUAAAGAAGGAGUACCCCGAGUUAGAGCAUGAGCUCCAGGCUCCAGGUCUAUGA